UGGCCCAUGGAUUCGUCGCUUUCCUUCUGGCUAAAAUCCUGGCUAAUCGUUUGUCAGUCAGUUCUUCAUUGAGUAUUUUUGAGUCAGUCCAUUCAGUUCAUCUCUCUAUCUGGUCGGUCGUCCCUUGUCUCUAGUGGAUAUAGACCGAGACAAACGAGGCCAGACACCUUAAAAAAGACCUUCUCCAGUGAUAUUAACAGCCCACUUGAGCAUUUUCGCUGGUCCCGUCCAAUCCCCACGAGCGUGCAGUCCACCAAGUCCAGCAUGAAUCGCAUGUUCGGCCGAGGAAAACCCAAGGAGCCCGCUCCCAAUCUCACGGAUUGCAUCACCACGGUAGACACGCGAGCUGAGGGUGUGGACAAGAAAAUCGCCCGGUUGGAUGGCGAGUUGAAGAAGUAUCGUGAUCAAAUGGCCAAAAUGCGGGAUGGACCGGCCAAAAACGCGGUCAAACAAAAGGCUCUACGGGUUUUGAAGCAGAAGAAACAGUACGAGACGCAAGCCGACAACCUCCGCAAUCAGUCCUUCAACAUGGAACAGACCAAUUACGCCACGCAGAGCCUCCAGGACACCAAGACCACCGUUAAUGCCAUGAAGAUGGGCGUCAAACAAAUGAAAAAGGAAUUCAAAAACGUCAACCUCGAGCAAAUCGAGGACUUGCAAGACGAUCUGUCCGAUAUGCUGGAAGACGCUAAUGAAGUUCAAGAAGUAUUGGGGCGGGCUUAUGGUGUGCCAGACAUUGAUGAAGACGAGCUGGAGGCUGAGCUGGAGGCGUUGGGCGACGAUAUCGCCUUGGAUGAAGACUCCUCGUACCUCGACGAGAUUGCGGCGCCCAAUGCACCCGACAAGGAACCCGGUGCAGAUAGUAUUGCGGUGCCCGACAAAGAUGGCGUUCAAGUGGAUGAAUUUGGAUUGCCCAAGAUCCCUGCCCAGCAACACUAAGUCAUAAACGUAUCUAUUGGAUGAAACACACCCCUUUCACAUUUCUUAUGCACCUACUUAUCAAUCAUGUCGACUUCGUCCAGGGUGGCGUUGCGUAAAAAAUAAUAAAAAUAUAUGCUAUUACGAUACCA